CCGAGGACAGGCGGGGACGACGCACUUGUUCCUGGAGCUGUUUGACCGCGAAGGAGCCCGUUUGUCCGUCUCCGCCCGGGACAGCAGCUCGAAGCGGAGUGGCGACCUUCUCGUUUAGUCUCUCAACAACAACGUUACUUCCAUAUUACUCCAAACAAUCCCUUCAUCUUCAGACGGACCUAUUUUUCUUUUCUCAAACUGUUCCAAACUUUCAGAACAGGUUGGAGUUUGGACCGUGAACAGAGACUCCUCCAGCGGUCCUCAGUCGGGGACGUCUUCAAAGCCAUGUUUGACAAGCAGCCCUACGAGAGUCCCCCCGUCUACAGUCCUCCCUUCAGCUCGCCCUCCAACAACGGCUUCGGCCCCCCUGCAGGCAGCUUCCGUGGCCCUCAGAGCGAUUACAACGCGUACCCCCCCCCCCCGGGGUCCUACUACAUCGAGGACAGGCCGCAACACUUCUACAAAUGGCUGUCACCUCCGGGCAUCAUCAAGGCCAUGAUGGCGUCGGUGAUCGUGUUGUGCCUGGCGAUAUUUGCCUGCGUUGCCUCGACGCUGAUGUGGGACAUGCAGUAUGGGAUGGGGAUGGGGAUGGGGAUGGGCAGUGGAUACGGUGGCAGCAGCUACGGAGGCUACGGAGGCUACGGAGGAGGCUACGGAGGAGGCUACGGAGGAGGCUACGGCAGCAGCUAUGGCUCCUACGUCUCGCCCUACUCGGCCAAAACCACCAUGAUUGCCAUGGCGGCCAUCAACUUCAUAGGGGCACUGGUCUUCUUCAUUGCCACCUUCUCUAAAUCCGACAGCGUGCACAGUAGGAAGUUCUUCCUGGUCGUCCUGAUAAGCAGCAUCAUCAUGGCUGUGCUGCAGGGCAUCAUCAGCAUCGUCUACAUUGUCGGGGUGAACCCCAUGGCCCAGGGAACCUCCAGUAUGAUGUACAACCCCAUGUUAAUGAUGUGCCAGAACCUCUACCAGACCACCUACUCACAGAUGGGAGGAGUGGGAGGCUUCCCCAUGUACAACCAGUACCUCUACCACUACUGCUUUGUUGACCCACAGGAGGGGAUCGCCAUGGCCUGUGGGUUCCUGGUUGUCGUUGCCUUCGGAGUCGCGGCUUUCUUUGCCCACAAGACGAGAGGGAAGAUCUGGCGCUACGGCAAACCCAACAUCUACUGGCAGGAGCCUCUGGCGGGCGGGAAAGCCUCAGAAGGCAGAGACGUGGAGGAAUGGGUGAACAAUGUGGAGGAAAGCCGCAGCGCUCAGGACGCCCCCCCCCUGCUGGUGUCCGAGAAGGGAGCCGGGCUGCUCAACGCCUCAGCAAACAGUGUCAUCUUCUUCCCCCCGGCCAAGCUGGACAGCAGCUCCUACAACGAGGACACCUACGACAAGAAAGAGUUCUCCGACAGGACCACCAGCAGACCAUCAGAAGCCUUGUCCCACGGUGGAAGAACCAGCUCCAGCCCGUCAGAGGAGACCGGCGGACGCAAGCCCUCAGCAAACCGCGGCAAGAGACGCAGACGUAACCCGGAGCUGGAUGAGUCUCAGUAUGAGACGGAGUACACCACCGGAGGAGAGACGGGCAACGAACUGGACGCAGAAGAGUGGGAGAACACGUACCCAGAUAUAACAUCUGAUGCUCAGCGCCAAGACUAUAAGAGAGAGUUCGAUGUGGACCUCAGAGAAUACAAGCGCCUGUGUACUGAGAUGGACGACAUUAACGACCAGCUGAACAAACUCAGCCGGCUGCUGGACACACUGGAUCACACCUCUGCCAAAUACCAGGGUGUAGCAGAUGAAUACAACCAGUUGAAGGAUCUGAAGCAGACGCCCGACUACAGGUCCAAGAAGAGAGAGUGUCGCAGGCUGAGACUCAAGCUGUUCCACAUCAAGCGCAUAGUGAAGGUUUACGACAAGAAGCACUGAUGGACUGAUCAACACACUGAGACACACACCCAUGCACUCCAAAAAACCACAAAGACUGUGACAUGACCAAAGUUACUUCUUCCCCACACACACACACACGCGCGCAUAGAGAGCAUCAGAUAUGAAUACUACUACUUUGUUUGUAGGAAAGUGCAGGGUGCUGAGCUGAAGCAAACACUUUCCUCUCGUGCGUGAGUCAGCAUGACUUGUGGGGACCGGAGGGUGUGGUUUGGAUUAAGGACAUUUAAAAGUCACCUGACCUUCGGUCGCCUGUGAUAACAUUGUGAUAACUCUCUGUGGCUGUUUGCUCUCCCACUUUUCAUUGUUUCAGCUCCACAGAUAAGCGGUGGAACAGUAUUGUAGAGAACGGAGUUGUCUGGGAAACGGAGAUUGUUUUGGGAGCAAAAUCUUUGUCACAUCUGAACUUUAGUUUAUUUCUUUUCUAAUUUUUUGUGUCGGCAUUUGUAAUAUAUUUUAACAUUGGUAAAGUUGAAAAACUGCCCUUUGCUGGGACUUGGUGUUUUUACUUUCUUUUUUUGGUGUAAACCAAUAU